AUGGCGGUGAAAGAGUUAAGCAGGUCAGUAGCCGAGGCCACUGAUGUGGAACUGAACAUGCGUGUAGGAAUGCACACAGGCCGUGUGCUCUGUGGUGUCUUGGGUCUCAGAAAGUGGCAGUAUGAUGUGUGGUCAAAUGAUGUGACGUUAGCCAAUGUGAUGGAAGCUAGUGGACUACCUGGGAAAGUGCAUAUCACACGCUCUACACUGGAAUGUCUAAAUGGAGACUAUGAGGUGGAACCAGGAAAUGGCCAGGAGAGGCACUCUUUCCUGCUUCAACAUGACAUUGAAACAUUCUUCAUAGUACCAAGUCACCGCAGAAAGAUUUUUCCUGGCCUGAUCCUCUCAGACAUCCAACCUGCUAAAAGGAUCAAGUUUAAGACAGUGUGUUACUUAAUGGUACAGCUUAUGCACUGCAGAAAGAUGUUCAAGGCUGAGAUUCCGUUCUCCAGUGUCAUGACCUGUGAGGAUGGAGAUAAGAGAAGGGUGCUCUGCUCAGCACCAGAGAAGCUCAGGAACCGGACAUCAAUGUCAGCAAACACAACUCAAGUCAGUCCAGGAACAAGAGUAAACCGGUACAUUAGCCGUCUGAUUGAGGCCCGGCAGACAAAGUCUAACAUGGCUGAGCUGCAUUUCGUCACACUCAUGUAUAAAGACUCUGAGCAGGAGCACAGGUAUCAUCAGCUGAAUGAUGAGUAUUUCACUGGGGCUGUGGUGCUAUCUCUGAUUUUCGCUGCUGUGUUUGGAAUUCUCUACCUACUCAUCAUACCACAGGGGACUAUCGUGUUGUUGGUCUUGGUUUUCUGCAUCUGUUUUCUUGUUGUAUGUAUCAUGUAUUUGCACAUCACUAGAAUUCAGUGUUUUGCUGGGUGCCUUACCCUACAGAUCCGAACUGUUCUGUGUGUUAUCAUAGUGCUUCUAUUAUAUGCAGUGGCCCAGACCUGUGUGAUGGGCUGUAUGCCAUGGCUUUGGACCACCAAUUCCACUCACUCCAUAUUAAUCAUUAAUGCAGCUGUUGGGAUUAACCGCACCAUGGCAGAGCUGCCAUGUGAAGGGGCCCAGUACACUUUCUUGUGUUGCAUGGUGGGCACAUUGACAGUGGCAAUCUUCCUGCGAGUUUCUUGGGUAUCUAAAAUGGUCCUGUUAUUAGUGCUGGUGGUGAUCUACAUUACAGUUCUUGAGUUCAGUGGAUUCAGACGUACUUCAGGGUCUGGUUUGAUCAGGGUUCGUAGUUUGGAGCCAAUCAUUUCUCUGAUGCUCUUCUCAACUGCACUGGCCCUACACUCCAGACAGAUGGACCUUAAACUACGCCUUGACUAUCUCUGGGCCACACAGGCAGAGGAGGAGAGAGAUGGGAUGGAAAAAGUUAAACUUGACAACAAAAGAAUUCUCUUCAACCUGCUGCCUGUGCAUGUGGCCCAACACUUUUUACUGUCAAACCCCAAAAAUAUGGAUCUUUAUUACCAGUCCUAUGCCCAGGUGGGGGUGCUGUUUGCAUCCAUUCCAAACUUUAAUGAUUUUUACAUUGAGCUGGAUGGCAACAACAUGGGUGUAGAGUGUCUAAGACUCCUGAAUGAGAUAAUUGCCGACUUUGAUGAGCUCAUGGACAAAGAGUGCUACAAAGAUAUUGAGAAGAUCAAAACCAUUGGCAGCACAUACAUGGCAGCAGUUGGAUUGGUGCCCAUCAUUGGAUCCAAGGCAAAGAAAUCCACUGCAGUCCACUUGAGCACAAUAGCAGAUUAUGCUAUUGAAAUGUUUGACAUCCUUGAUGAAAUCAACUAUCAGUCCUAUAAUGAUUUUGUGCUGAGAGUAGGUAUCAAUGUAGGCCCAGUAGUAGCAGGGGUUAUUGGAGCUCGCAGGCCACAGUAUGACAUUUGGGGAAACACUGUGAAUGUUGCCAGUCGCAUGGACAGCACUGGAGUCCCAGGAAAGAUCCAGGUUACAGAGGAUAUCUACCACUUGCUUCAGAACAACUAUGAUCUGGUGUGUCGUGGUAAUGUCACUGUAAAAGGCAAAGGACAGAUGCUUACUUAUUUCCUGGAGGGCAAAUCCCAGGAUGCAGGCAACAGAGCACCACAUCACACUGGUGGUCUAGAGCGAAGAAUUCACGCCAUAGCUCGCACCAGUAUUGCACAAACCAAGACUGAUGGUACUUUUUCUGUCACAUCAGGCCUUGCUGCAAUGGUCAGCAUGAGCAAUAUCCAAAGGACACACUGUCACAGUGCCAGCACUGAUGCCAACUACAUGCUUACUGGAGAACAGGAGACCAAAUAUGAUGAAAAGGACAUGUAGCAUGACAGAUCUCAGUAUGCCAGUGAUUGACAACAAAAAUCAUGGAUCUAAAAGAUGGGUGAAAAGGUUAUGUAUAACUUUGGCAAGUCAAAGAAGUUAAAGAAUGCAAGAAUUGUCUUCCUUUUGUAAGCAUGAUGGUUCUUUGGUUAACAAUACAGUUAAUUUAAACAUUAAAUCCAAAUUGACAAUUAAUUUACCUAAUCUUCAACCUGCAUAUCCAGGUCAAAUAACCUCCUCAAAAUAGGUAUUAUGGAGUUUCAGGGAUGUAACCCUUGCUUCUUCCUGGUAUGGAACAACAACCCAAUUGAUAAACUCAACUCUCACCCUACAUUUUGUUUCGUAUUGACUAUUCUUUUUCACUUAAAAAAAUAUAGUUGAAAGCCAAGUUGAGAAUCCUAUUUUAUGUUUUAAGAAUUUACAGUUUUUAACGAUUGCUAUGACAGACUUUUCAAUACGUUUAACAAGUUUCCAAAUCUCUUAACACAGUUAGCACUACAUCCGCCUAUGUAAGCUAUACUAUUAACACUUUUUGUUGCUUUACAGUUUUUUACGAUUGCUAUGACAGAUUUUUCAAUACUUUUUACAAGUUUCCAAAACUCUUAACACAGUUAGCACUACAUCCACCUGUGUAGGCUAUACUAUUAAGCAGUGAUGGGACUAACGCGUUACUGUAACUCCACUACUUUUGGCGGUAACGAGCAUUUAACGAAGUAUUUUUUUAAAUCGAGUAACGCAGUUACAAUUACUGAAAUUUAAAUGAGUUCGUUACUCGCGUUUCUCACGUUAUUUUGUGAAAAAUUAAUACUUGCAGACACGACAUUUCUGAUCUAACGUAACGUCACCGCAUCGUUGUGGGCGCGCAUUUCGCGCAAUGAAUCAUUAAACUUCAUCAUGGCCGACAGUGCAGACAGAAUCAGCUUUCUCUCCUGGAAAUAUGGACAUUACUUUUCGCUCGUCGAAAAUAAGGAAAGAAAUGUAGUGGUGAGUUGUAAAUUGUGUGCAGGUGCAAAGAACCUAUCCACGUCUAAGAAUAGCAAUUCAAAUCUUAUGAAGCACCUAUUAAAACAGCACGCUUCGACAAAGCUAGUAGCUAAAGACUCCAGCCCUACAGAUGUUGAAGGCGCCACUCCAUGCAAACAACCAAAGCUAGACUUUAGGUCUACACGUACUCCAGUGCAGCCGAUAAGCCAAGCAGAGCUGAAUAAAUUGAUUGCGAGAUAUGUCGUCGAUGACAUGCUUCCUCUGUCAACUGUCGAGUCAGUUGCUUUUAGGCAACUAAUAAGCAAAAUUCCCGUGACUAUAAAUGAAGGCUCGGAGCACAUGUGCAGGAAGAUGUUUUCCAGCUAUUUAGACAGAGAAUAUGCGAAAAUGCAGGUAGAGCUAAAAAAAACAUUUGAGGGUUUACAACAUGUCUCUACCACAGCAGACAUCUGGACUGCUUACAAUAAAAGCUUUCUAGGUGUAACUGCACAUUGGAUUAAUCCGAACAACAUGCUACGUGGGAAAUCAGCCCUGGCAUGCCAGAGAUUUAAGGGCCGACAUACGUAUGACAUUAUUGCAACCGAAAUAGACAACAUCCACUCGUCCUAUGGUCUAUCUUUCAAAGUGACUGCAACUGUUACUAACAAUGGGUCUAAUUUUGUCAAGGCAUUUCAAAUGUACCAGCCACCCGAGUCAGACACUGAAGAUCAUUUAGAGGAGGAUGAGGCGACUUUUACAAACAUCGGGGAUGUGUUAGAUAAUGCUGCCGAUGACAAUGACGUGGUUUUACCCCCGCAUCACAGAUGCGCAUCGAACACAUUGAACCUCAUCUCAUGCACUGAUGUCGAUAAGUGGCUAAUGUCAAUGCCGAAAACAAAAUCUAUCUACAGAAAUGCUACCACAAAAUGCGCAGGGCUGUGGAACAAGGCAAGUCGGUCAACGGAGGCUUUGGAGAUUGUCACCGACAUUAUUGCUAAGAAGCUGCUUGUACCUUGCACCACCAGGUGGAAUUCGUUCUAUGAUGCGGUAGCGCGAAUUUCUGAGAUACCUGUGGCUGAAUUGAAUACAAUAUCUUCCCAACUUCAGCUGAAAUGCAUCAGUGAAAGGGAACAUCAGGUCCUUAAAGAGUAUUGUGUUGUGAUGAAGCCGCUUACUGUGGCUCUUGACAUUCUGCAAGGAGAGGACAAUUGUUUUUACGGAACACUCUUGCCCACUCUGGAGACGUUAAUGUCAAAGACUUUGGAAUUAAAAAAACACCUUGCAAUCCUUAAUGGUCUACCAGAGGCAAUUGUUCAGGCAAUUAAAACCCGAUUUGCACGUGUUCUUGAGGAUAAAGAUGCUCUACUGGCUGCUGCGACCCUACCCAAGUUCAAGUUACGCUGGCUGCAUGACCAGGAGAGGAAGGACCUGGUAAAAGCAAGUCUAGUAGCAGAAUGCAGAAAAUAUGUCCCAGAGCAGGAUGAGCAUCCAGGGGAAACUGCAACAACACAGCGCCGACCAUUUACCAAAGAGGAUGAAUUCUUUAGCUUUGAUGAAAGUGAGGAGGAUGCCUUUGUCUCUGUUGAAAAUGAAGUAGCUGAUUACUUUAAAUCGGGAGCCACAGGGAUGGAUGCUCUGAAUCAGUUUCCAACAAUAAAGAGAGUAUCACUUAAAUUUAAUGCAGCCACUCCAUCCAGUGCCCCUGUGGAAAGACUCUUUAGCCUUGGGAACCUGAUUCUCUCUCCAAAGAGGAAUAGGCUCUCAGAUCAAAAGUUUGAGAAGCUUCUUCUCUUAAGGUACAAUAACUGGUUUGAGAGCUAGCAAUGUUGUGGCUAUUGGUCAGAGGAGAGAGAUGAGACUUGUUAGCCCAUUUUAAUGUUUGUUGAGAAUCUCAUCUUAUCUCUAUUUACCUUUGCCUUAUGAGGCAUGUUUGUUAAAAUAUUUGGUUAACCUUUUGUUAAAUUACAUUCAAUUAUAUGCAGCAAUUAUAUGCAGCACCUCAAGGCAAAUUUGUUUUCUCUUUUAAUUAGUGUUAACUGUUAAUAGCCUACUGUAGGCCAAUCACUUUUAUUUAAUUGGGCCUAUGUGGUAAAAACACUGGUAAAUGACUGAGACAGUUAUUUUGUUUAACUAC